AUGCCCAACACAAGUCUUCGUCGCCCUCAAAAGGGCUUCCGAAGAGGAGGAAAGGUUGCCUACCAUGGCAAUCGUACACGCACGUUCGCGGCCUCGUCAAGGAAUGAAGCCACGUCGGCAGACGAGAAGUGGGAGCGGACACGGUUGGCGCACAGCAUCGAUGAGAACAUGGGCUUUGCACGCUAUGAAAGCGGAAAGAAAAGAGAAGGAUGGCUGGUCAAUAUCCAACCCACGGCGAUCGAGGACGAUAAGACACCCGGUGGCCGGGCCGCUGUUGAUUGCUACUUCAUCGAAGAGGACGGCUCUACCUUCAAGGCGACUGUAGAAUUCGAACCUUACUUCUUGAUCGCCGUCAAGAAGGGCCGCGAGGCCGAGGUUGAGGAAUGGGCUAAGAGGGUCCCCGGAGACGGCGUAGUCAAGUCGAUCCGACGGGUUGAGAAGGACGAUCUCAACAUGCCCAAUCACUUGCUAGGCUACCGAAGGACAUUCCUCGAACUCAAGUUCACUAAUGUCAAUGACCUCAUGGCUGCGAGGAGGGAUAUCAUGCCCAUUGCGGAAAAGAACAAGAAGAACAUGAAUGCCAUGGAUGCUUAUGCCGAAGUUGCAACGCAUGGCAACGGUGGUUUUGACCUUUUUGACGAUUCACGAGACGACGAUAGAAAUACGAACAACGCACAUGCCGAUGCCAGCGACUUCAUUGUCGAUAUUAGAGAAUAUGAUGUACCAUACCAUGUACGAGUAAUGAUAGAUUUGGAUAUACGAGCCGGUACAUGGUACUUUGUAGAAGCCAAACACGGCGUCACAAAGAUCUACCCCAACGAAGAGAGAUCACUGCCGGCGGACCCCGUGGUAAUGGCGUACGAUAUUGAAACAUCGAAACAGCCCCUUAAAUUCCCUGAUGCCGCCUCCGAUCAGAUCAUCAUGAUCUCGUACAUGAUCGACGGCCAAGGAUUCUUAAUUACGAAUCGUCAAAUCCUCUCAGAGGACAUUGGUGAUUUCGACUACACCCCUAAGCCAGAGUAUCCGGGUCCCUUCAUGAUUUUCAAUGAGCCUGAUGAAAAGUCUUUAAUCGAGCGAUUCUUCCUCCACAUUAAGGAGGCCCGGCCAACGGUCAUCGCUACUUACAACGGUGACUUUUUCGAUUGGCCCUUUGUGGAAGCACGAGCUAGUAUCAAUGGAAUCGAUAUGUACCAAGAGAUUGGCUGGAAGAAGGAUAACGAGGACCAGUACAAGUGCGCUUACAGUGUGCACAUGGACUGUUUCCAUUGGGUUAACCGAGAUUCUUACCUCCCCCAAGGUUCUCGUGGCUUGAAGGCCGUCACCGUUGCAAAGCUCGGAUACGACCCAGACGAGCUCGAUCCCGAAUUGAUGACACCGUAUGCGACUGAACGACCGCAAACACUCGCUGAGUACUCCGUGUCCGAUGCUGUUGCAACGUACUAUCUUUAUAUGAAAUAUGUCCACCCCUUCAUCUUCUCUCUCUGUACCAUUCUGCCGCUGAGCGGUGAUGAAGUCUUGAGAAAGGGAACCGGUACCCUCUGCGAAAUGCUGCUGAUGGUGCAAGCCUAUCAAAGAGAAAUUGUGCUUCCGAACAAAUACAUCACACCGAAGGAAGCCUUCUGGGAUGGACAUCUUCUCGAUUCAGAAACCUAUGUCGGUGGUCACGUCGAGAGUAUUGAAGCAGGAGUGUUCCGAGCUGAUAUUCCAGUGGAUUUCGCUGUCGACCCUGGAGCCAUUGACGAGCUUCUAACCGAUCUCGAUGCUGCCUUGAAGUUCGUGGUUACCGUGGAAGAGCAGAAGAAAUUCGAGGAUGUGGAGAACUAUGAAGAAGUCAAGGCUCAGAUUGUCGAGAGACUCAACAAGCUCAAGGAGACGCCGAACCGUCACGAAAAGCCCUUGAUCUACCAUCUUGACGUCGCCUCCAUGUACCCCAACAUCAUGACAACCAACCGAUUGCAGCCCGAUUCCAUGAUUCAGGAGUCUGACUGCGCUGCUUGCGACUUCAACCGACCUGGCAAAACUUGUGACAGACGAAUGCCUUGGGCUUGGAGAGGUGAAUAUGUCCCUGCAAAGCGAGACGAGUACAACAUGAUUCGGCAUGCUCUUGAGAACGAAAAGUUUCCUGGAAAGUUCCCCAGCUCUCCUAUGCGACCAUUCCAGGACCUGAGUGCAGAUGAACAAGCCGCUCUUGUGCGGAAACGUCUUCAACUGUAUUCUCAAAAGGUCUAUCACAAGAUCCACGACUCAACAACCAUCGUCCGAGAAGCAAUCAUUUGUCAGCGAGAGAAUCCUUUCUACAUCAACACUGUACGAGACUUCCGUGAUCGUCGAUACGAUUAUAAGGGCAAGGCAAAGGUGUGGAAGGGGAAAACGUCGACUUUGCAGUCCGCUGGUGCGCCUCAAAAUGAGGUUGAUGCUGCGAAGAAGAUGAUUAUUCUGUACGAUUCACUACAACUGGCCCACAAGGUCAUUCUGAACUCUUUCUACGGAUACGUCAUGAGAAAGGGAUCCCGUUGGUACUCACUUGAUAUGGCUGGCGUUACUUGCCUGACAGGUGCUCACAUCAUUCAAAUGGCCCGACAACUGGUCGAACGACUUGGACGACCUCUGGAGCUGGAUACUGAUGGUAUUUGGUGCAUGCUUCCAGCAACAUUCCCCGAGAAUUUCUCUUUCAAACUCAAGGGUGGAAAGAAGCUCAACAUCUCAUACCCCUGUGUUAUGCUUAACCAUCUUGUUCAUGCCAAGUUUACAAAUCAUCAAUACCAGACGCUUGUUGACCAGAAAACUCUCAAGUAUGAGACACACAGCGAUAACUCUAUUUUCUUCGAAGUCGACGGUCCUUACAAAGCCAUGGUUCUGCCAACGUCAAAAGAGGAAGACAAGAAUUUGAAAAAACGAUACGCUGUCUUCAACGACGAUGGCAGUCUGGCUGAGUUGAAGGGUUUCGAGGUGAAGCGUCGUGGUGAGCUGAAGCUCAUCAAGAUCUUCCAGCAGCAGAUUUUCAAGUUUUUCCUUGAGGGAGAAACACUGGCUGACUGUUAUGGAGCUGUUGCAAAGGUAGCUAACCGCUGGUUGGAUGUGCUGCAUAGCAAGGGUACAACACUGGCAGACGAAGAACUCAUGGAACUUAUUUCUGAGAAUCGAAGCAUGUCCAAGACUCUGGAGGAGUACGGCAACCAAAAAUCUACCAGUAUUACCACCGCCAAGCGUCUCGCAGACUUCCUGGGCGAACAGAUGGUCAAAGACAAGGGAUUGAACUGUAAAUUCAUUAUCUGCGCUCGACCCAAGAACGCACCCGUCACAGAACGAGCUAUCCCUGUCGCCAUUUUUUCCGCGGAGGAGUCAGUCAAGCGAACGUAUUUGAAGAAGUGGUUGAAGGAGGAGCCCACUGAUACUGAUCCUCGUGCACUACUUGACUGGGAUUAUUACCUAGAGCGAUUGGGCUCUGUCAUUCAGAAGCUGAUCACCAUUCCUGCAGCCCUCCAGAAAGUCCGCAACCCGGUCCCUCGAGUGCCGCAUCCCGACUGGCUUCAGAGGAGAAUCAACAUCAAGGAUGACAAACUCAAGCAGAAGAAGCUCACUGACAUCUUCAAGAAGAGUCCACUGGAGGACAUUACCGGCCUCAAAGGCGCCGGAAUGGACGAUGUUGAAGACUUCGGCAGUAAGCUUUUGAAGCCCAAGCAAGUCGGCGCGAUCAUAGCAUCCUCUCAGGCUGCCACUGUUCAAAAACGCAAAUCUCCUGAGCCGGUUGAAAACCCUGAUCCUAUGUCAGCACUCCCCGAAGUCAUGCCAAGUGCUUCAGAGAACUACGAAGAAUUCCUGAUGUAUCAGAAACAGAAGUGGAAGAUCCAGAAGGAGGCCAGGAUUCGACGACGACAGCUGUUUGGUGACAGACGAGGCGGAGCAGUCAACAACCUUCAACAGACGUUCAUGAAACAGGCACACACUACCUACAUGAGUAACUGGCAGGUCUUGCAUCUCAAAACAACUGAGACUCCUGGUAUUGUCAUGGCAUAUGUCUUGAUUGAUGCCAAGAUUCACACCCUCAAGGUCAACGUUCCUCGCCAAGUCUUCCUCAACCUCAAGAGCAAGGAUCUGCCUGACGUUGAGGUCGAUGGCUGCGAAGUAGAGCAAGUCAACUACACUUUGCCCAACGGCCACCCUUCCAGUCAUCUUUUCAAGUUGACUGUAUCAGAAGACAUAUACUUCAACGAAAGUGGGAAAUUCUCCCUGCUCUUCAACCAUCCUAGCGUAGAGGGAGUUUAUGAGAAGCAGGUGCCGCUAAACAUUCGUGCCGUUCUGCGUCUUGGAAACCAAUGCACCAUUGACGCAUCGCAGCAUGCUGUUCUCGGAAAGGGUCUCGAGCAAGGUUUCGAUCUAGCAGGUCUGAAGCGUCCAGCCAAAUCACGGACUUACCUCGAUACCUCCCCUCUGGCUUAUAUCUAUAUCUCGCACAUCACAGCAGGCGAACGCCAGAUCUUUGGUAUCUUCUCUACCACCAACGACCAAGCCCACGUUGUCAUUCUACAGAAAAGCAAGGACUCUGGACAAGAUCUCCCCAACAUUACCAAGAUGUACUCUGAGAUGCUUGCUAGACGACAUGCCGAAGCAGCUGGCACGAACUGGCAAGACUGCUUCACUUAUCAAGAGAAGCUACACAUCAAGAUCACGCAAGUAACUACUCGACGCAAAGCUCAUCUCGAAAUUGGUGAUGUUGUGAAGAAGAUGCGCAAGGACGAACCAAGGCCACAAAUGAUGGUCAUUCAAUCCUCUCAGCGACAGCUUCUUAUUCAUGAUGUCCCAAUCCUGGGAGAAUUCCCGGUUCUCCCCCUGAAGUACGAUAUUGCGGACAGCUCCUUGCCACCCUUGGGCUGGCUGUCUGUUAUUGCCAAACGUCUUGUCGGCCAUUACCUUGGUCUCGGAUCGUGGAUUCUACAUCUCACCGCUUUGGCUCGUUAUGGUGAUGUGCCUCUGUGCAACCUGGAACGCGACGAUCCUCGUUUCCUGAUCGACAUUGCUUACGCACGUCGCCUUCAGUCUAAUGGUGUCGUACUUUGGUGGUCUCCAGAUGCUCGUCCAGAUCAUGCUGGCUAUGAAAAGGACGACCUUCUCGGUCCUCUCGAUACCGUCAAGAUGCCAAACAUCAACAACCCCGGGACCUUCUCAUCCGUCUGUAUCGAUCUCGAUGUCAGAAACCUUGCCAUUAACACCAUCUUGACCUCGUCUCUCAUCAAUGAGCUGGAAGGUGCAGACUCAGUCUCCUUCAACCCUGCCGCUGAUGAUUCUGAGACACUUACUUCCGAGAAUGCUUUCGCCAAUGCUGGUGUGCUUGUGCUUCGUGAAAUGGUCAAGGCUUGGUGGACAGAGGCUUGCCGUGGGAGCACCAUGGCUGAUGUUUUGGUACAGCAUCUCGUCCGCUGGGUUGAGAAUCCCGACUCGUUCAUGUAUGAUCGCGCCCUGCACUACUAUGUGCAGAUGAUGUCUCGCAAAGCCUUCCAACAGCUUAUGGCCGAUUUCCGCCGAGUAGGAUCUCAGGUCAUUUUUGCGAACGCCAAUCGCCUCAUUCUUCAAACCACAAAGGCUGAAGUUGGCAAUGCGUAUGCAUACAGCCAGUAUAUCAUCAAGUCCAUCAAGAGCAAGCCACUCUUCCACUUCAUCGAUUUAGAGAUUAAAGAGUACUGGGACUAUCUUGUUUGGUACGAUGAAUUUAAUUACGGAGGAAAGGCUUGUCAAGAGGUCGUCGAGGCCGAGGAACAGACUCUUGAGACAAUUAUGAAUUGGCAGAUUGCCACUUUCUUGCCAGUACGACUACAGUCAACCUUCCACGACUGGGUGAUUGAGUUCAUUCAACUUAUGCACCAGCUCAAGAGACCUCACAAUGGCGAUCCUGAUGCCACGCCUCGGCUGACGCAGUUGCCAAGCAAGGGCUUGGAAGAGCAUGAAGGUCAAAUCAUCCUGGGCAAGGCAUUUGAGAAGCCUCUGAAGAAGGAUAUCAUCGGUCUCCUAAACAGGCAGAAACGUGAGCUACUUCACCCAGAGCUUGCUGGCGACUACACAUUCCCUAGCCUUCCUGGAUCUCACCUCAACUUACGUAAUUCCAUCCUCGAGCUUGUCAAAUCACUCAUGCAAAUACUCUCUCUUGAUAAGAACAUCACUUUGGAGGCCCGUCUUCUUCGCAAAGAACUUUUGGCUUUGUUCGAGAUUCGCGAGUUCUCAAAGGAGGGCACAUUCGCCAAUCCAUCAGAGAGUCUGCGACUUCCUCAGGUGUCCUGUGACAGCUGUACUAUGAUGCGAGACCUGGAUUUGUGCAGAGACGAGGAUCUGUUUGGUGAAGGCGCUGCAUGGUGUUGCGGCUUCUGUGGGACUGAGUUCGACCGUGUUGCUAUUGAAGAGCGAUUGCUAGGCAUAGUAGAGAGUUGGGUUGUUGAAUGGACGACCCAGGACCUCAAGUGUGUGCGUUGCGGCGCUUUGAGAACCAAUGACUUUAUGGAGCACUGCACUUGCAGUGGAGAGUGGAAAGAGGUAGUCUCACGGCAGGACGUGAGCAAGAGACUCGGAGUUAUGAAGAGGGUUGCCAAGUUUUAUGGGCUUAGAAUGCUCAGUGAUGUAGUAGAAGGACUGGACCAGGGUUUGUAA